AUGCAGACGAAGCAGGUCCGGAGGUCGCCCACAACAACCACAGGACCAGGCGAGGCAGAAGCAGAAGCAGAAGCUGGACCAGGGAAGGCAGAAGCAGAGGCUGGACCAGGCGAGGCAGAAGCCAAAGCCGAAGCUGGACCGGGCGAGGCUGAAGCCGAAACCGACGCUGGACCAGGCGUCGAUGACGCUGCAGGCGACGGCGUGGAAGAGACUGAACUACAGGAGACACUGGAGACUGAAUUACAGGAGACACUGGAGGCACAGGAGACCCAACUACAGGAGGCACUGGGGGCACAGGAGACUGAACUACAAGAGGCACUGGAGGGACAGGAGACCGAACUACAGGAGGCACUGGAGACCGAACUACAAGAGGCACUGGAGGCACAGGAGAGCGAACUACAGGAGGCACUGGAGGCACAGGAGAGCGAACUACAGGAGGCACUGGAGGCACAGGAGAGCGAACUACAGGAGGCACUAGAGGCACAGGAGACUGAACUACAAGAGGCACUGGAGGCACAGAAGACUGAACUACAAGAGGCACUGGAGACACAGAAGACCGAACUACAGGAGGCACUGGAGGCACAGGAGACCGAACUACAGGAGGCACUGGAGGCACAGGAGACUGAACUACAAGAGGCACUGGAGGCACAGGAGACUGAACUACAGGAGGCACUGGAGGCCUCCUGUGCCUACAGGAGGCACUGGAGGGACAGGAGACCGAACUACAAGAGGCACUGGAGGCACAGGAGACCGAACUACAGGAGGCACUGGAGGCACAGGAGAUCGAACUACAGGAGACACUGGAGGCCCUGGGGACUGAGCUAA